AUGAUAACAGAAGGAGGCCUGGAACUUCAGAAAGGAAAGAGGAACAUGAGAAUGGGUAAAAAGAGGGGUGAAUAUAAAAAUCAUUCUAUGUCUCCUGAAUUUCAUAAAUCAAGAAUGAUUAAGUCACUUCCCAAAGGUGAGCAAGGGGCAGAAGAAGGCAUGGACCAAAUAAAUAAAGACAUGAGAGAGGCAGAGAAGACUUUAACAGAACCCAACAAGUGUGGUGGCCUUUGUGUUUGCCCAUGUAAUAGAAGAAAGAACUUUGAGUCUGGUAAGGUCUGUAAGAUGACAUGGGGAGACGGCGGAGACAACUCACCUAGCAACAUAAUAUCUAAGCAGCCAGGCUGGGUGGCAGAUGGUCAGCCUCAGCAACCAACAACAGGAGCAGCCAGUGGAGGAUACAUUAAACGUAUAAUGAAUGAUGCCAGAGAAGAUGAAAUGGAAGAGAACCUGACUCCAGUGGGCGGUAUCCUGGGGAAUCUAAAAAAUAUGGCACUGGACAUAGGUACUGAGAUUGAAGCUCAAAACAGAAAAGUAGAAUGGAUCACAGAAAAGGCUGACACCAACAAAGACCCUAUUGACAUUGCCAAUGCCACAGCAAAGAAACUCGACAGCUAA